CGGAAUGUCAAAUUGGAACUAUCACCGCUUCUUUUUCCUCCUUCCAUCGUUUCCUGCUCAAACAUGACAUCCUUUACGGUUAUUUCACCCGCGACUCAGCAACCUCUUUUUGAUAUUCCAUGUCUAUCGCAUUCAGAAAUCGAUAAAGUCGUUGAUAAAGCGACCGAUGCCUUUCGUAGCUGGCAAAAAGUGCCCGUCACAGACCGUGUGCAAAUGUUGCAACAGUUCUGUCAACUGUUUAAACAAAAGCAAGAACAAGUCGCUGAAUCCUUAGCUUCGCAAAUGGGACGACCCAAACGUUAUGGCGUAGGUGAAAUCAACGGGGUCCUUGAACGAGCUGGUUACGUGCUUUCCGUCGCCGAAGAAUGCUUAAAGGACGAAGUGAUUGAAGAUCAACCACAUGUCAAACGUUAUUUACGAAAGGAACCCCUCGGUCCCAUCUUUAUCAUUGCCGCUUGGAACUAUCCUUAUCUAACAGCAGUCAAUAACGUGAUUCCUGCACUUUUGGCUGGAAACCCCGUUCUGCUGAAACAAUCUCCGCAAACGCCUAAAUGUGCCGACAUCUUUGUGCAAACAUUGCAUGAAGCGGGCGUUCCGCGUGAAGUGGUGCAGGUCGUUCACGUCGAUGAUGACGGAGCAGCUUACUUGGCUCAACACCCUAAAGUCAAGUAUGUCAGUUUUACCGGAAGCGUGGCCGUGGGAAAGAAGAUUCGACAAGCCAUCGGUGAUUCCCAUCGCUUGAUAGGUUUGGGUAUGGAACUCGGCGGCAAAGAUCCGGCCUACGUGCUUCCGGACGCCGAUAUUGAUUACGCCGCCGAAAAUAUUGUCGACGGUGCCUUUUUCAAUUCCGGUCAAUGUUGUUGUUCCAUUGAACGAUGUUACGUGCACGAAAGUGUCUACGAUGCCUUUGUAAAGAAAGCAGUGGCUGUCACGGAGAACUAUGUGCUCGGUGACCCCAACGACGAAAAAACGACCCUCGGACCCAUGGCUAACCUGCGUUUCGCCAACAAUGUCCGUGCCCAUGUCAAGGAUGCUGUCGAAAAGGGAGCCAAGUGUCUGAUUGACACCCAGAAAUACUUUCCCAAAGACAAGGAAAACACGACCUAUGUCGCCCCUCAAAUACUUGUCAAUGUGACUCACGACAUGACGGUGAUGCAGGAAGAGACGUUUGGACCUGUGCUUGGUAUUAUGAAAGUAUCGUCGGAUGAAGAAGCUAUCCGGUUAAUGAACGAUUCCUCGUAUGGCCUGACGGCCAGUAUUUGGACGUCCAGCCCUGAAAAGGCAGUGGCGAUUGGCGAUCAGAUUGACUGCGGUACAUGGUUUAUGAACCGAUGUGAUUAUGUGGAUCCGGCUUUGGCUUGGGUCGGCGCCAAAGACAGCGGUUUGGGAUUCUCCUUGAGUAAGCAAUGCUUUAGCCAAUUCACAAGCGAGCGCUAUCCAAUGUGCUCGCAGCUUAUUACGGAAAACAGCAUACCUGAAUUCGACAAUCUAUACUUGGACAUGAAUGGUAUCAUUCAUAACUGCUCGCACAACAACAGCGACGAUGCCCAUUUUCGUAUUACGGAAGAGCAGAUUUGGUUGGCCAUUUUCAACUAUGUGGAUCACUUGUUCACGAAAAUCAAGCCAAAGAAACUUUUCUUUCUUGCCAUUGAUGGUGUGGCACCACGAGCCAAGAUGAACCAACAGCGGUCGAGACGUUUCCGUACCGCGAAAGAUGCAGAAGACGCUCGACAGAGAGCGAUACAAAAGGGCGAAGAAUUACCAGACGAGGAUCCCUUUGACAGUAAUUGUAUUACGCCAGGAACGGAAUUUAUGAGAAAGUUGACGUUGCAGCUCCGUUACUUUAUCAGCAAAAAAGUGUCGGAGGACUCCAACUGGCGAAAUGUGGAAAUUGUACUGUCCGGUCCCGAAGUGCCUGGUGAAGGAGAACAUAAAAUUAUGGAAUACAUUCGUCUGGCCAAAGCGCAACCGGAUUACAACAACAACAUCCGUCACUGUCUUUACGGUCUGGAUGCCGAUUUGGUCAUGCUAGGCUUGUUAAGUCACGAUCCUCAUUUUGCCUUGUUACGAGAGGAAGUCAACUUUGGUCGACAACGAUCCAAGAGAAAAACUGGCGUCGAUAAUCAAAAUUUCUAUCUGAUGCAUCUGUCUCUAUUGAGAGAAUACUUGGAUCUCGAGUUCCACUCGCUUGAACAGUCACUAUCGUUCAAGUACGAUCUUGAACGUGUGUUGGACGAUUUUAUUCUUCUCGCGUUAUUCGUUGGCAACGAUUUCUUGCCUCAUCUUCCCAAUGUUCACAUUCACGAAGGCGCCCUGGGUCUCAUGUUUGGUAUCUACAAACAAGUGUUGCCGACCUGCAGCGGUUACAUCCAGGACGGAGGUCGCGUCGAUAUGGAAAGGCUGCAAAAGAUUUUGGACGCCUUGGCUGACAGUGUGGAACACGAUGCGUACGAAGCUGAACAUGCCAACCUGUUGUACCUGGCCGGUAAACGUGAAGAAGGUCAAACGGAACGCGAAUUGUUGCAUGAAUUGGAAAAGAAGAAACGAUCCAGACAAGUCAUGACGACUUCCCAACAACAACUUUUCUUUCAAGUACGAGAAUUUGUAUUGGAACAUCAACCUGGCAAAGCCGAAUCGUAUCAUUUCCCACCCAAUAUCAAGGCUCGCGAUCGUAAAUUUAUUGAAGAGCUUGCACGUAAGCUGGGGCUGAUGUAUGCCACGGAAUACUCCAACGAAGACGGUACCAAGCAUGUCUACAUCGAAUUCUAUGAAAACGAAACCGAAGAUGAUGAUGAAGAAGUAUCGGAAGAUGAAGAAGCCAUUGCCGCCCGCGAUCGUGUACUCAAAAAAUACGAAAGUGCCGAAAUCAUUUCUGACACCCAGACCGAAGAGGAACUGGAUCGUAUUGAAAAGGAAAAGUACGAAAAGGGACUCAAAGAAUGGAAAGCCUACUAUUACAAGGAAAAAAUGGACAUUGACAUUGAUAAUCCUCAACAAAUGGAAGAACUUAUCGGAUCUUACAUGAUUGGUAUUCAGUGGGUACUUCGCUACUAUUACAACGGUGUGGCGUCUUGGGGAUGGUUCUAUCCUUAUUACUAUGCUCCCAAAAUUUCGGACCUGAAGAAUAUUGUACGCUUCCAAGAUCAUCCAUUCCAAUUGGGUCAGCCCUUUAAGCCAUUCGAGCAAUUGAUGGGCGUGUUGCCCAGUCUCAGCAAGAAGCUACUUCCUCCAGCUUAUCAGGAAUUGAUGGUGGAUCCUUCAUCGCCUAUUAUUGACUUUUAUCCUCGAGAUUUUGACAUUGAUAUGAAUGGCAAGAAACAAGAGUGGGAGGCGGUGGUCAAGAUCCCAUUUAUUGACGAAACUCGUUUACUGCAAGCGAUGAAAGAACGUGAACAUCGUCUGACCGAUGCCCAGCGCGCCAUGACCCGAUUCGGAGAAAGUUACAAGUUCGUCUAUGACGCGAAAAUGGGCAGUGAAACCCCCGAGAAAGCAACGAUCUAUCCCAGUCCUCUUCCUGGCGUUUUCCCGGAUAUUCAUCACUGCAUGGCCCGCGAAGAACUAUUCCAUUUACCCACGCUUGAAGGCGGCUUAUCAUUUAAGAAAGGGUUGCUUGACGGUGCCAAAAUUGGCAAGGAUGCUUUAGCCGGUUUCCCUUCGUUGCAAACCAUUCCACACCACGGCGAACUCAAAUUCCAUGGCGUCAAUGUUUUCCAGCAAGACAGUCGAAACGAAACCAUGGUCGUCACUCUGGAAAAUGCUUUUGCUUCCAGUGACAUUCAAAACAUUGCGAAAUUACUUUUAUACAAGCGUGUCUUUGUCCAUUAUCCUUACCUUCAGGAAGCGGUGGUGAUUGGUGUCUCUUCGGUGGAUGCCAAGUACUACAUGAAAUUCAUGGGCAAGAAGCGCCAGAUUCGCGAGUCACUGCACAGUGAAGAGGAUGCCACCUCGUGGCGUAAUCGUAUCGGUCGUGUGGAAUACUUGGCCAGCAAACGGUUUGGUCUGGAUAUUGGAAAAACCGAAGUGGGUUUGCAUGUCUGUGUGUUGCGAGGCAUGAAACGAACGGAGAACGGAGCUUUGGUGAAAGAGUAUGUCAAUCCUGCGGAAGAUGAACUGAUUCCCGUUCAAAUGUGUGUGCUCCGAGUGAACAAUGAGGAUCCUCGUUACAAAGAACAACCACCACCUCCGAUUGAGGAAGAGUAUCCCAUCGGCAGCCAAGUGUUUUUCCUUGACAACAUGUACUACGGUGCCCUGGCAACCGUCGUGGGCCACAGUAGCAAACAGACCGUGGAUAUUCAAAUGGUGGUGCCAAGAAACGAUAAAGACGCUGUGGAACCCACUUUUGGCCAUCAAGUGGCCAUGCAGCAGAACGAGGUGGUGACUUAUUUGCCAUCCUUUGCAGUGAGCCAACAACUCAAACUGAGUCCGCUCGUUCUGUCCAAGAUAACGUCGUCCCUCUUGAUUCUCGACAAGAACACACAACGUGUCAAUGUGGGCUUGAGCUUGAAAUUCGAAGGCAAGCAGCAAAAGGUGCUUGGUUACACACGCAAAUCCUCGGCCGGUCACUGGGAAUACUCUGCCAAGGCCAUUCAGCUGAUUACGGAAUACAUGCAAGCGUUCCCCAAGUUUAUUGACAUGGUCAGCGGUCAAAAGGGUGGAGCUAUGCUUCACGUCCAAGACCUUGUCUGGUCAGAAAACGGUCCAAAGGAACUGCAAAAAAUGAAAGCAUGGCUCAAAGAAAAGAAGGUCGACGACUUGCCGCGUGCUGGAUUGGAAGUUGAAGAAAUGGAAGCACCAUUUGUGAAGUUGUUGGAAGAUUUGAGUUCCCAAUAUAUUGAAAAGUAUGAUCAAGUGGAAUUCAAAAAGGUGGUGAUUCGACGUAUUCCUCGCAAUGUGCUCAUGCGGCCUGCCGAAGCCGAGACCCGUUUGGGUGGCCAAGAAUUCCGUCUGGGUGAUCGCAUUGUCUACGCCUUGGAUUCCGGUGCGGUGCCUUUUGCUGCCAAGGGAACCGUGGUCGGUGUUCAGGAAAAGGUCGUGGAUGUCGUUAUGGAUACUCCUUUUAUGGCCGGUAAAGAUUUGGAUGGAAGAUGCUCUGGAUACCGCGGUAUUUCCCUGCCCUAUGCCAAUGUCAUCAACUUGUCUGCCGCCAUGGUGGGUCCCAAGCAAGCGCCUCCGGCCAACAAACCGUCCAAUCACGGUGCACGUAACGGCCACGAUCAUGGAUCAAGAGGCGGGCCAAAGACAAGAGGUUACACCAAGCAAUAUCAUGGUGAUAGAGAUAGACAAAAACCAUCAGCAGCAUCAUCAUCACAAUGAUCCGCAUCGCUAUCGAUCUCUUUGUAAUUUGUCUUAAAGUUACACAGUAAUCCUUGUAUGCAUUGUAAUUAUCUUACAAAAGUUUUGAAUCAAAAAAAGGGAAAAUUCUUUGUUG